GCAUGCGGGGUGGGGACGAGGGGCGGGGCCAGGCCGGUCUGGCUGUGCUCUCUCCCGGACAGAGGCCCCGGAGGCUCCCGAGCGACAAUGAAGCAGCAACAGCAGCCACAGCAGCAGCCGCCACCGCCGCCGCCGCCCCCGCAGCCUCCCCAGCAGCCGUCGCCUCCCUUCGCCAGCCCGGGCGUCCCGGCUUUCCUCAGCAAGCUGUGGGCUCUGCUGGGAGAGACCCCCAGCAACCAGCUCAUCACCUGGAGCCAGAAUGGAAAGAGUUUCUUGGUGUUGGAUGAACAGAGAUUCGCAAAAGAGAUUCUUCCCAAGUACUUCAAGCAUAACAACAUGGCAAGCUUUGUCAGACAGUUAAACAUGUAUGGCUUCCGUAAAGUCGUCCAUGUUGAUUCUGGAAUUGUCAAAAUGGAGCGAGACGGUCCAGUAGAGUUUCGGCAUGCAUAUUUUAGGCAGGGCCGGGAGGACUUGCUGGAGCACAUAAAAAGGAAGGUUUCUUCUUCAAGACCUGAAGAAAACAAGAUCCGUCAGGAAGAUCUCUCUAACAUAAUAUGCAGUGCUCAAAAGGUGCAAAUUAAGCAAACGACUAUUGAAGCUCAGUUGUCUCUUUUGAAGAGAGAGAAUGAAUCCCUUUGGAGGGAAGUGUCAGAACUGAGAGCAAAACACUUGCAACAGCAGCAAGUUAUUCGAAAGAUUGUUCAAUUCAUUGUUACCUUGGUGCAGAAUAACCAACUAGUGAGCCUAAAACGGAAGAGACCUCUACUUCUGAACACUAAUGGACCUACAAAAUCGAAUGUAUUUCAGAAAAUUGUGAAAGAACCAGCUGACAGUAGCCACCAUGUACCUCUCAACAGAAAUGAGGGCUUAAAACAAAGGGAACAGAUUUCAGAUGACAUUGUUAUUUAUGAUGUCACUGAGGAUGUGGGUGAGGAAGAACAUCCCAUGGCUGAUGAAGAAAAUCUUCCCGUUACACCAGAAACAAUUGAAGAUACCACUUCAGAUUCUUCCAACUGUAGCUGUAGCUACCAUUCUCCUGAUAUUGUAAUUGUGGAAGAUGAUAACGAAGAUGAAUAUGCCCCUGUAAUUCAAGGGGAUAAAAACACUGAAUCAGUUGCUGUCCCAGGUAAUGAUCCAGCCAGCCAUGUCAGUGACAGCACAAGCCCACUCAUGUCAAGUGCUGUACAGCUGAAUAACCAGUCAACUUUAACUGCAGAAGACCCAGUCUCUGUGAUGGAUUCCAUACUCAAUGAAAAUGGAGUAAUUUCACAGAAUAUAAAUCUUCUUGGAAAAGUUGAACUUCUGGAUUAUCUGGACAGUAUCGACUGCAGUUUAGAGGACUUCCAGGCUAUGUUGUCAGGACGACAGUUCAGCAUAGACCCAGAUCUCCUGGUUGAUCUUUUUACAAGUUCUGUGCAGAUGAAUCCCACAGAUCAUGAUCAUAUCACUAAUACAAAAGUGGAGACAAAGGGAAAAGAAACUAACAAGAAUAAUGCUGGUCCAGCAGCCUCACAGGAAACGCAAGGUACUAAGCCCAGAUCAGAUAAGCAGCUGAUACACUACACUGCGUUUCCACUCCUUGCAUUCCUCGAUGGGAACCCAGGUUCUGCUCUUGAGAGUGGGGGCUUCACAGCUGAAACUCCUUGCACUGUUGAAAAAUCCCUGGAAGGGGAUGAGCUCCUGGAGAGCAGCCUGGAUCCCCAGCCCACCCAGAGCAAACUGGUGCGUCUGGAGCCACUGACGGAGGCAGAGGCGAGUGAGGCCACGCUGUUCUACUUGUGCGAACUUGCCCCAGCACCCAUGGACACAGACAUGGCCUUCUUGGAUAACUGAUUGAGGGAGGCUCUGUAUAUAGUCAUGAAGAUGAACUAUUUAUUUAGAAUAUUGUUUGGUAUGAGAGUUUUUUGUACAUCACUGUUUUAUGUAACCAGAUAUGUGGAAUCUGAAGUACCUUUCCUAUCCUAUACAAGCAGUUGUUUAGCUAUGGAGUUAGACAAGCCACCAGGCACAGCUGGCACUGCUGAGCCAGGCUCCUGCUGCACUGCUGUGAACACUUGGUGUUGCCCACAUUGCUCGUACUACAAGUAACCAACACUUGUCAAUAGUGAGCUUUGGUUUAUGGUUUCUUAUACUUCUUGUCUUACGUAUGAUGACAUAAACUAGUAGUGUAUGGUUAGGGAACACUGACUUUCUGUAUUUUGGGGGGUUUAUUUUUUACAUUUUGUUUAACACACAUGAGGCUUUUUUGGGGUGGGGGGACCAGGACCUGAUGUAGGCUUUUUUUUUCCCUGCUUCAACUGGGAACAAAGUGCCUGUACCUUGCUAAAUCUUGGUUCUGCCUUACUUUCACUUCAGUGGAAGUGCUCACACAUAGCACAAACUGGGGAAAAGUUCUUGACAGCUGCCAGGCCCCAUGACUGCAUGAGUACUUUUAACUUGGACCAUCUAUGCUGACAAAAUAAAUGUUACUUAAGUGUGAUA